AUGAGUUUUUCCAAGUUCUUUCUGGCCGUUGCGGCAGUCCCUUCCUUUGCUCUUCUUACAUCGGCCUUGGACGUCAAUUCCAAUACCAACGUUGUUGUGUACUAUGGUCAAGGUGAUGACCAGCAGCGUCUGUCCCAUUUCUGUGGAGAAACCAGUCUCGACAUCAUCAACCUGGGCUUCGUCAAUGAAUUCCCUGACCAGGCGCCCGGAGGAUGGCCCGGGAGCAACUUUGGCAACCAGUGUGGCUCGGGAACAUAUACCAACGAGGACGGCGAAGCGACCGACUUGCUCUCUGAAUGUAUCCAGUUGGCAGAGGACAUCCCCGUAUGCCAGGCCGCAGGCAAGACCGUCUUGCUAUCCCUCGGGGGUGCGUCUCCUACAAAUCAGCAGAUUGAAAGCCACGAUUCCGCCAUCGCGUUUGCCGAUUUCCUCUGGGGUGCGUUUGGCCCCGUCGACGACACAUGGAUCGCCAACAAUGGGCCCCGUCCUUUUGGUGGUGCUGUCGUCGAUGGGUUUGACUUUGAUAUCGAGAACAACGGUGGCUACGGUUAUGCCACCAUGGUAAAGCGUCUGCGUGAACACUUCGCCGAUUACCCCGACCAGACUUUUUACAUCUCCGGUGCUCCUCAGUGUGUCAUUCCUGAUCCUCAGCUCGCUCACGCCAUCACCCACUCCGAAUUCGACUUCGUCUGGGUCCAGUUUUACAACACCGAAGAAUGCGCCGCCAGCAACUCUGAUGGAUUCAACUAUGACGACUGGGUCACCUUCCUGCAGCAGGGCGAGAGCGCCAACGCCAAGCUGAUGAUCGGCUUGCCAGCCGACACGGAUUCUGACUAUUAUCUGACGCCCGACCAAGUCAAUUCCCUUGUCGAAACGGAAAUAGCCGCGUACCCGGAUACCUUUGGAGGUAUCAUGAUCUGGGAAGCCACCUCCUCCGAUGAGAAUGUCAUCGACGACAUGACCUACGCCGAGAACAUGAAGAGCGUCUUGGUCGCC